GGCCACAUGUGGAGAAGCUCCAGGGCGUCCGAGUCAGACCCGUUAGCCGUAUCUUAGUAGGAAAACGAAGCAGCUCACCUGCUGCUCACUUAGCUGCUUGUGGUCUUGUUAUGCCUGUCGCUUCAAAUGUUUCCCUAGUUUCACUUCUGCCUCGCCGUGUGCAAGAUUUAUGCUGCAGUGGCUUUUUUUCAAUGCCUUCUGGCAUCAAAAUUGGUGUUUUAGAGAUUUUUCUUUCCUUUUCUUCUGCAAAUAAUUUAAAUAUAAAAGGUAUGAUGUUCAGAUGCAUGAAGAAAUGCCUUUUCUGAAAUGUUUCUCUUAUUUUGCUUUAAGGCAAACUCUUCUAAAGUGAUAAAAGUUAUUGCAAAGGUGGUAAAUAUGUUAAAGAGUCACGAGAGCAGCUGGUCUGCAGCCAAAGAAAGCAGCACCUCUGCUUUAGAGGCUCUCUAGUGAACUCAUCAUGAUCGAGUUUGUGCUUCAGCAUAAAUCAGCUACUUAAGGUCAAAUCCACACCUGAUACUCUCAUAUUGGUGGAUCUCAUCAUCUGGUGAUGGUUAGACAAUCUCAGAACAUCUUGUGUUCUGGAUUAUUCCAGGAAUUGGGUUCUAUUAAGUUUAGGAUUUCCCAGAAAGGCAUAACCACGAUUCUGAUAUUUGGUUUAAAUGAAAAUGGGUAAAAAUGCUGACGUUGAGCACAGUCAGAUUUUAAGGGAUUACUUUUUGUUCACCACUCAAAAAACUAAUUUUUGACUGCUUCCAGUUGGUUUUUGUUGAAUUGUUGACCAAAAAAAUCUGAAUCUGUUGUUUUAUUUCCUGCAGAACCAGUUUAGGGAAUUACUGCUUUUUCACAGCUUUGUCUGCUGAUAAAAAGUUCUUUCUAAGAAGAACUAGUUUAUACCGAUACUAAAAGAAACAGUAAAAGUUCAGAUCUGAUGGAGAUGACCCUCUGUGUGACCUUCAUGUGCAGUUUUAAAUGACAGAAGAAGACUUUCUGUUCAGCUGGAGGUUUUUAUAAAAGUAAAGAAUAACAAACACACAGGCUGGUGUUUCUUUGUUCCUGGGAGGAAUUGUGCUUUGAUAAAAUGAAACAUUUAAUCUUAGAGAAUUGGUUUCAUUGUUAAAGUAUCCUGAAACAUUUCUGUCUUUCCUGCUUGGUGAUGAAGACUAGAGCCUGUUAAGACCCUGGACCAGACUCAGAACAGCUCCUGAUCAAGACACUGUGGAGAUAAAAACGUUUGCUCCGUGACUCCGUCAGCUGUUAUUGGCUGUCGUCUUGGCAGCAUCUCCUCAGAGUUAAUAAUUAUCCUUUUAAACGGUGUGAGUUUGUGUAAAUGUGUGCUCAGGGAGCGUUCACAUCUCCCGAUUUGGAUUUUCAGCCAUUUUGAACCUCUGAGUAACGUCUUCUUCCCGAUCUGAGGAUCACGUGGCGACAGCUAACUGGAAUAUGAAACAGCACUUCUAGUUUUAGCUUUAAGUCUUUGUGUUUUUUGGGCUGAGGUAACACACCUGCCUCUAGGUUGAUGGACUUCCUGUUUACUUUCCAGCCUGAGUCUCCCACUGCUUCACCUCACCACGGCCUCCCACGCCCACAAGAGGAAGACGAUGGCGACCUGAAUAAAGCUUUGGGCGUUCAGCGCUUCCAGCAGAUCCUCCACCCUGCUGCUUCCUUACCUGAUGAGCAACACCACUCCUACCAUGAGGAGGACAUUGAAUACCACCGUCACUCGUCUCGCCACAUCCACCGGCCUCUUUCCAAACUACCCGCCGAGGGACGACGGAAGAAGAGCAGCAAGAAAAGAAAGAAAGACAAAGAUCACAAAAGCAGCCGUGCUCCCAGCAGCGGCCCGAUAGAGGAGGGCGAGUAUGAAGAGGAAGAGGAGGAUGAAGGGACAGAAGGAACGCCGGCUUCAUCAGAGUCAGCCAGAGUCAAAGACGUGGAGUUCUUCCUGUCAGAUGAUGACCAAGUGUCCAGACGAGGGACAGAGAUCCCAUAUUUGUCCCGAGAGCUGAGCAUCGUUCCUCAGGUUGCUUUGAGAACAGAAGCUGAAGAUGCAUCUUCCUCUGAUAAACUCGACUCACCCAGCACUCCCAGUCCGGUCCCGCUGUCGCCUUCAACUGAGCACCCACCCCUGACUCGGGUGUCCUCUGCCAGCCGCAGCUACGACCUGCAGGAGCGCCGUCGCACGGGCAACAUGACGGGCGCCGAGCAAGCCAAGUACCAACAAAUCCCCACGGACGAGAGCGAAGCUCUGACCCUGGCCUCCGCAGACCUGGAUGGCAUCAAAAGUCACCGUUUUGAGGAUGUUCCCGGCGUGCGCAGACACCUGGUCAGAAAGAGCACCAAGGGACAGAAGGUGCACAUCGGCAAAGAUCACAAAGAGCAGACGACUCGCAGUCGGAAGCAGGACCGAACCCCGCAUGAGGUGUUCGUGGAGCUGAACGAGCUGACCAUCGACAAGAACCAGGAGAUGCAGUGGAAGGAGACGGCUCGUUGGAUCAAGUUUGAGGAGGACGUGGAGGAGGAGACGGACCGCUGGGGGAAGCCUCACGUGGCUUCCUUGUCUUUCCGCAGCUUGCUGGAGCUCAGACGGACCAUCUCCCACGGAGCGGUUCUGCUGGACUUGGACCAGAAGACCCUGCCUGGCAUCGCCCACCAGGUGGUGGAGCAGAUGAUCAUUUCUGACCAGAUCAAAGCCGAGGACCGAUCCAACGUCCUGAGAGCUCUGCUGCUUAAACACAGUCACCCGAGCGAUGAGAAGGAGCACACCAGCCAUUUCCCCAGAAACAUCUCAGCAGCCAGCCUGGGCAGCCUGAUGGCGUACCACCACAACGUGAACCACAACCACCAGCUGGAGCCGUCGGUGACCGACCCCCUCAUGGGCACCAUCAACUCCACGGUGGACAACGACACGCGGAUCGACAUGGAGAAGAACGAGCUACAGAGGGAGCCGAGCCUGGGGCUCGGCAUGCACCGGUCCAAGUCCAAACAUGAGCUGAAGCUGCUGGAGAAGAUUCCAGAGAAUGCCGAGGCCACUGUGGUCCUUGUUGGUUGUGUGGACUUCCUGGAGCAGUCCACCAUGGCGUUUGUGAGGCUGCAGGAGGCGGUGGAGCUGGAGUCGGUUCUGGAAGUGCCCGUUCCUGUCAGGUUCCUCUUUGUUCUUCUGGGACCUCCAACCACUAGCAUGGACUACCACCAGAUUGGACGUUCCAUCUCUACUCUCAUGUCAGACAAGCAAUUUCACGAGGCGGCGUACCUGGCAGACGACCGGCACGACCUGCUGAACGCCAUCAAUAGCUUCCUGGACUGCAGCAUCGUGCUGCCGCCUUCAGAGAUGGGAGACGACGAGCUGCUGCGCUCCGUGGCUCGCUUUCAGAGGGAGAUGCUGCGCAAGAGGGAGGAGCAAGAGGUCACGCUGCUCAAAGAGCCGAAAAGCCUCAAAGAUAAAGAGGCUCUCUCAAUGCCUUCGAAGAAAUCGGACGACCCGCUGGAGCGCACGGGCCGCCUCUUCGGUGGGCUGAUUAGAGACGUGCAACGCCGCUACCCUAAAUAUUUAAGCGACUUCAGAGACGCGUUGAGCAGCCAGUGCAUGGCUGCGGUGAUCUUCAUCUACUUUGCUGCUCUCUCUCCUGCCAUAACCUUUGGAGGUCUGCUAGGAGAGAAGACGGACGGUCUGAUCGGAGUUUCUGAGCUCAUCGUGUCCACGGCGUUUCAGGGCAUCGUCUUCUGUUUACUCGGGGCUCAGCCGCUGCUGGUCGUGGGCUUUUCUGGACCCCUGCUGGUUUUUGAAGAAGCAUUUUUCAGUUUCUGCAAAGCCAACGGCAUCGAGUACCUGACGGGUCGCGUGUGGAUCGGCGUCUGGCUCAUCGUCAUCGUGAUGGUCACGGUGGCCUUCGAAGGGAGCUUCCUGGUGCGCUUCGUCUCCCGCUUCACUCAAGAGAUUUUCUCCUUCCUCAUCUCUCUCAUCUUCAUCUGUGAGACCUUCACCAAGCUCUACAAGAUAUUCAAGGAGCACCCGCUGAAGCGCUGCUCUUUCAGCAACAGCACAGAAGAAGACUCCUUAGCAGAAAACACCUCCUUGGUCCAGACCAAUGGCACCCAGUCUGUCCCAGUCAGCGGGGAACCCAACACGGCGCUGCUCUCUCUGGUUCUGAUGGCGGGGACGUUCUUCAUUGCUUUCUACCUGCGCAAGUUCAAGAACAGCGCCUUUUUCCCUGGAAGGUUCCGCAGGAUGAUUGGAGACUUUGGGGUUCCUAUCGCCAUCCUGAUCAUGGUUCUGGUGGAUUACAGCAUAGAAGACACGUUCACACAGAAGCUGAGCGUUCCUAAUGGAUUCUCUGGGAUGAGUACCGAGAAACGCCACUGGGUCAUCAGUCCUCUGGGAUCGGACGGACUUUUCCCCAUCUGGAUGAUGUUUGCCUGCUGUUUGCCGGCGCUGCUGGUUUUCAUCCUCAUCUUCAUGGAGACUCAGAUCACAACCCUCAUCGUCAGUAAGAAGGAGCGGAUGCUGGUGAAGGGUUCCGGCUUCCACCUGGACCUCCUCCUGAUCGUGGUUCUGGGCGGGUGCUCGGCUCUGUUCGGACUGCCGUGGAUGGCGGCCGCCACCGUUCGCUCGGUGACUCACGUCAACUCCCUCACCGUGAUGAGUAAAGCCGUCGCCCCUGGAGACAAGCCUCGCAUCCAGGAGGUGAAGGAGCAGAGGGUGACGGGGCUGCUGGUGGCUAUCAUGGUUGGUUUGUCCAUCGUGAUCAGUGACCUGCUGCGUCAGAUCCCUCUGGCCGUUCUGUUUGGGAUCUUCCUCUACAUGGGGGUGAUGUCGCUCAACGGCAUCCAGCUAACAGAGCGGAUGAAGCUCCUCCUCAUGCCGCCAAAGUACCACCCUGACCACACCUAUGUCCGCAAGGUCCGUACUUGGCGCAUGCAUCUCUUCACCUGCAUCCAGCUGGUGUGUUUGGCCGUCUUGUGGGCCGUGAUGUCCACCCAGGCGUCCCUAGCUUUCCCCUUCGUCCUCAUCCUCACCGUGCCAGUCAAGAUAUUCGUGCUGCAUCGCAUCUUCAACCCCAGAGAGGUGGCAUGUCUGGACGGAGAUGAUGCAGAACCAAAGUUCGACGAGCGCGAGUGUCACGACGAGUACUCGGAGAUGCACAUGCCCGUCUGACCAAGCUGGUCACGUGACCACAUCUCGCCGACGACUCUCUGGAAGGGUCGUUGUGGUUUUCCUUCUGCUUCACAGCAGUUCUCGUAGCUCAACAGAACAAAAUAAAUAGUUUUUUUUUAACAUUCAUUUCAGGGGACAAGAGAUUCCAAAUGUAAAGACGGGAACUCGAGUUUAAAACCAACAGCGUAACAGUCGACAGGUUUGCAAAACAAAAGAAAUUUUAGCCCUGAAAGUUUUGCUAUGAUUCACAUUGAAUAUGUGGAGGAUAUAUAGGAUACAUUCCUUCAUAUUAAUGUGCUGAGUUAGCGCUAGUCUAGUCUGUUUUUAAGUUCACUAAGCGCCUUAUGAAGGAAACCAGAUGUACGGAGCUGCGUUUUUGUUUAGUUUUUUCCACAUUCUGUCUUAUUUUAGACAGCUAAUCACUUUAAAAACAAAGCUUGUAGCACUUUUAAGAGAAAAGAAACCAAAUCCGAACAAUGACUGUAAAUUGUAUAAUUAUUUUAGCGUCUUAAAAUUCCUGUAAACCUCUUAAACAUUGAUGUUGAUGUAUUUAGCUUCCUAAAUGUCCUGUGAUUGAGUUUUAACCUUCUGUUCUUUCAUCUUUUAAGUGUUUUGGGAUCAGUUUCAAUCAUCUUCAGCUUUUUAUUGUAGAGUUUGUUCCUGCAGUGAUGCAAGACCGCCAGCAGAGGGAGAGCUUGGUUUACUGUUUUCAUUGUGCAACAAAAACAGUAAAAACACAAAUUUAUUGUUACGCUAAUGCAAUGAAACAUGAAUUAUUUUUAUCAUUAGGGCUUAUUUUUAAGUAGGAAAUGUCACUUCUGUCUCUGUUUGUUUAUUUAAGUGCCAAAUAUCUGUUGUGAUGAGAACAAUAAGCUGCAGUUCAGUCCAUGAAGCAUAAACUAACAUUUUUUUUGUAGAAGCAUUCAAUAUUUUAAUACCUACCAAAUCUCCACCCACACUGUGCUGGCAAUCUCAUUCAUUCGAGGUUUUUGCAUGUUUGUUUUUAGAUUGUUGUCAUGUUGCGUCUGAGUAACAUGGAUUGGUUAAAGUGUUGACUUGUGUCAAAUAACUGUUACACUCACCUAGAAAUAUCUCACACACCACGAUCCUCUCUGAGCGGCCCCGUCUCUGCCUGACUGAAAUCCUGAUCUUGUGCCUUUUUAGAGUCAAAGUUGCACAAAAUCACAAGUGCCUGUUGGAGGUGGGGGUUCAGCUGCAUGUGUGGUGUUUGUUAGGACGUUACAGUGUGUAGCACUCAAAACAAACAUCUGAUUUAUUUAUCUGCUCUCACAUUGCUGCGUGUUUAAAGUAUAUCUUAGAUUUGUCGUUGUUUUGUUGUUUUACACACGUUUGACUGAGCUGUACUCCUGAAUAUGAAGGAGAGUUGUUGAAUUGGACAGUCUGUGUUGUUUCUGGUUAUUUUAUGGAACUAGGAUUGGGACAAAAUUACAUGUAACUUGUACCAAGUUUUGUAACUGUGACUUUUGUUUUGUAGCAUGUAAUUCUCAUUUUGUAACACGUAACUUUGGUACGUAACAUUAAACUGUUAUUUUGUAACUUAUAGGAAAAAAAUCUAUGUACAAUUUUCAACUCACAACUUUCAAAACAUACAUCUCAGUCUACAGUUACAAAACUCAAGUCUACAAGUACAAAACAUUUUGUCCCAAUUCUAGCUUCCUUCCAACAGGAAUUGUCUUCGACAGGAAUCCAAGACUCAUGAUUGGCUGGUUAGACAAAGCCUGUCAUUGGUUCAUUGGGAAGGAAGCUAGAAUUGGGACAAAAUGUUUUGUACUUGUAGACUUGAGUUUUGUAACUGUAGACUGAGAUGUGUGUUUUCAGAGUUGUGAUUUGAAACUUGAACAUUGAUUGUUUUCUGCAAGUUACAAAAUGAAAGUUUCAUGUUACAAAACAUGUUACAGGUUACAAAGCUUGGUGCAAGUUACAUGUAAUAUUGUCCCAAUCCUAGUUCCAUAUUAUUCUGCCUGUUUAUCUCAGACUGAAACAUGUAGGUUUAUUUGAAGGAACAACACGUAAUCCAAGAGCUGAUGUUCUUUUGUGCAUCAAUGUUUCAGAUGUUGGUGACAAUUAAAACUUAUUUUCUAUUGA